AUGAACGAUUCUGAAUCGUGUGCCUGCGUCGAGGAUGCUCAGCAGAUAGAACCGCCUCUGACUCCACGCUGCACGUGUCCGAGGGAUGACCAUGAUAUUGUUAUACACAAUGAGAGUUGUCUGCUUUAUAAAAAUGAGCAAAUGGUGUAUCCGAAAGCAGACGCAUGCGAGUGUGCUAUCCCAGGGGAGGACGACGGCAUUUGUAACUGCUGUUCCUGUCCCCUGGAUCAGUGCAAAUGUGGUGCCAUCGGGAGAGAAGCUUUUGAUGAAUGGCGAAACAAGCGUGAUAUAGGAGCAAUGCCAGCCGUACUGGAGUCGACUCAUCCCCUGAUGAAACGUUUCCAAGAUACGUUGAAGCGGUUUCUAGAAAGGGAAAAUGCUAUUGCUGAAGAAGAGAUAAUCAGAUUGCAAGAUGAACUCAAACUUGGCAAGCAAUCGUAUGAAAAAGAUUUAGAAGAAAUUUAUCGAAGCGAUCACGACACGAACGCGCAAAGAGUUUUAAUUGAGGAGUACGAAGCUACGUUAGCGGAGAGAACAUCUCAAAGACUUGCAGCCGAGGAGCGCGCCAAGGAGGCCAAUGAGAAGUACAAGCGUGCGAAGGAAAAGCUUGACGCUAAUAUUAUUGCAGAGCGCGAAGCGACGGAGGAGCUGGAGGCGCUGUCGGCGCUGUGCCGCCAGCUGGAGGCGUGGCGCGAUGAGACCGAGUCUGAGCUGGCCGUCAGCCAGCGCGUCUCUGAUAAGAUGCGGACCGAAAGGAAGGCCCUCGCCGACGAGAAGCGGCAGCUCGAUAUGAUCAUCUGCAGUCUCAGCAACGAAGUUUGGAAGCUUGAGUCGAAACUGGAAAUGUUUCAGAAGCAGCUGGAAAUAAAAAACGUUGAAAUGGAAAAAGUUAAUGAUAAGGUUACAGCUUAUGCAGCUGAGCUAGAGGAUUUGGAGCUGGAAAAACGACGUCUCGUUAGUCUGUGGAACUCUGUGCUGGUCAACAUACAACAAAGGGACAAGGUGUAUGAUUCGGUUCGCGAUGAUUACAGGGCGUUACAAGAAAACUAUCGUACAUUACUCAACAACCUUGAAAUUACGAAGAAAGUCGUCAUGGAAGAGAUGAACAAGGGAAAGGAAAUAUCUAUGAACAAGGAUAAACUUAACUAUGAUAUCGCCAAUGCUACUAAAGUUUUCGACGCUGAAGAUGCUAAGCGUAUAGCUUUGGAAACACAAAUUGUGGAAUUGACAGAGGCAAUAGAAAUGACUGAACGGGACGAGGAACUUAUAAAAUCUGAAAACCAAACGAUGAGUAAUAUUUUGAAAAGUACGGAAAAAGAAAUCGACCGUCGCACGGAACAAAAACUAAAGCUCGAGAACGAAAUCCUGACGAAUCUCCAAGAGUGUCUUCUCAACGACAAGGCUGUGGAAUCGAUGGCUAAUGGAAUCAAGAAAAUGAGAGAAAUGUCUCGUAAACAAGAAAUAGCUUUAAUGACUAUGGAAAACCAACACGCAAAGAUGAUGCUAGAUAUCGAGGUGCAUCGCAACCGCCAAGCGAGGAACAACACGUUAAUGGAAGAAAAUUUAGCGAAAGUCAAGGCGAGAGAACAAGAGAUAGACCAGUUACAGGAGGAGUACGAGCAGAAAAUGCUGGUCAUCACGAGGAAGCAGAGAGAGUUGGAUAUUGUGAUCAAAAAAUAUAACGCGCUGAAAGAAAUUUUUGAUAUGAAGUCCCCGCAAGAGCGUCGCAUCGAGGAGCUGGAGCAGCAGAUCCGCACGUUGCGCGAGCGAGCGGAGCAGGCGCAGGGCGAGUGGCUGCGGCUGCAGGGGCACGUCGUGUCGCUCGCCGCGCACCACCACAAGAUCGUCGCCGACAUCAACCUCAUUAACAAACAGAUCCAGGUCUGCGAACAGAAGAGCAUGCGCAUCUCUGCGGAGUCGGAGCGUGUUCAGUGUGAGCGAGCGCGCGUGGAGCGUAGUCUACGCGAGCUGCGCGGUCGCCUCGAGGUGCUGGAGCGCUCUCGCCGCGACGCCGCCGGGCGCAACUCCAGCGCGUUGCGGUCCAACCUCGCCGUUUCGCACGAGUAUGCGGCUAGCUUGAAGGAUGCCGAAUCUGAAAUAAUUCAGAUGGAAGAAGAAAUUGAAGCAUUUGAAAAGGAGAAAAUAAACUUAACUCAAGAGUUAGAUAGGGUUCAAAGAGAAGCACUCAUUUGGGAACGAAAGGGUAUUCUGGCGGUUGACCUCAAAAGGAACAUACAAAAUGCAAAGUCCGCUGCUGGCGAGAUUGGUCAGAUGAGAGCUGAAAUUCACCGAAUGGAGGUUCGUCGCGAACAACUCCGCAAAACUGGCGAGAAGCUCGCAGAAGAUCUGGCUCUCUACGUAACGCGGAGAGAGACGGCGCUGGAGAAAAAUCGAGCAGCUGCUGCGGUGGAGAAGUCGCACGGUGCGGGAAACACCUCGCAGUCCACCUACCACCACAAGCUGAGGCUAGCGAAGGCUGAUGUUGCGAGGGUGACCAAGGAUCUGACGGACGCGAAGUCUCAGCUGGAGCAGCUACGAGCAGAGCAGGAACGUGUUGAACGUGAGUUGGCAACCGCAACCGCUGACAACAGUCGCCUCGAGGAGCGCAUUGCUACGCUGUUGCGGGAGAGUAGCGAGGCCAACAAGCAAAAGCAAUGGCUUUUGGAACGUUUGGUUCGCAGUCAACGUCUUGGCAGUGAGUUAGCAACAGCGAUUAAGCGCCAAUCUGUGCGGAUUAAAAAGCCAAAAUCUGUCGUUCUGACAGAGUAUAACCAAGCAGUAGCGCUUAACGAACGCCUCAACUACAUCGUGUCAACUUUGGCAAACGAGUAUCCGCACUUGAGUGAUAAGUUGGAAAUUAUUUCUAACACUCUGAAUAUCCAUAAUCCAGAAGAUUCUCCAAAAUUGGUCGAAGAUGAAUGCGCCUGCGAAGUUCCAGAAGAUCCGGAUAAUAUUCCGGAAAAACUUGAAAAGUUAGAUGAGUGACAAGUCGUUAUUGGGAUGUUUUUAUUUUGAAUAAAACACUUUUAACAAUGAAA